GGCGGUUUAUCCGAUUGGAUGGGAUAAUCGGGAGGUCAGAGAGUCCUGCGGGAAUUCCAGCCACAUCUACCGACUAGGUAACUGCGAGUUGUCAUGGUCCGUGUACCUGCUGGCAAGUGCCGUCCUCCUGCUGCUUUUGUGUUUCUGUUUGAGUUUUUGCGCGUCUCGGGUGAAGGCAGGCUCAUUUCGGAUCUGAGUAUACAGCGCCGGCAUGCUGACCAGCAGCGUGUAGCAUACAGACUGGCCCACAUAUCGGCGCAGCCUGAAGCCCGAUUCCCCGCCGAUGAAGAUGUUAAACCACUCGACCAGCAGGAAUCCCAACUGCAAGACACCGACGACGACCAAACGGGGACCUUCAAGAAGAAGAAACUGGAGACCAUCACCGUCGAGGUGACAUCCGACACCAAGGUCUCUCUGCCCUACGUCCUCGCCGAGAAGGACAUGGUCAACAGUCCCGGUCACGUCCCCAAGUGUCUGCAGUUCGAGAACGGCGGCGUCUUCGAUUAACAUCUUCAUCGAUGAUCAAAGGAAGCAAAAAACCAAAACGGAAUAAAGAAAAAAAGGAAAACUUAUAUAUUAUAUAAAAAUAAUACAAUUGAGAAUCAAAUCGUUGACGGAUCUUUAAGUUCGGCCCUCGCACGUAUUUCGCACAUACACAAGAACCAACGACUUUUGGAAACGAAUUUUAUGAUUUCGAGACACAGCACAUCCCAACCGGACAAUCGACGGAAACCAACAAACAAACAAAAAUCGAACUGAAAAGACUCUCAAACACUGUUUGUGUUCAAUGCGUACGCGAUAACAUUUCAUUUAAUUUUUGGACCAUCUCUCAUCUACUUGUAUUAUUUUGUUGUUGAUUUGUUUUUGGUUUUUGUUUUUUUUUUGUAUUAGUGUGGAAACAAACCAUAUCGAAAGACUGAACAAGUUUUAAUCAAGUGACACAAAGAAGAAAAGAAUAAAACAAACGUUAACACGAAAAAUGAACUCGAGUUAAGUUUAACAGAACAGAAUAUAUACGAAGAAAAGAAAAAACACAGAAUUGUUAUUAUUAAAUGAAUUUAUCUAUAUUAA